GAAUUAUAUAGAGAAUCGAAAGGACAAAAACAACAUACCAAAUUUAGUCAGCCAGUCAAGUAUGGUAUUGAUAGAGCAUUUAAGACAUGGAAUACCAAAAGUACUUAAUGGAAAUGUCUAAAAACUGAUAAAGCAAACGUAAAUGGGUGUGCUUGAACUAGGGACUUUUAUUGACUGGGAACAAGAAUCAUACCCGCAAUAUGAAGAUUUCAUCGUGCUUCUUUUGUUUGCACUUUUCUUUCCCACUGUCAGGUUUUUGCUUGAUAAAUUUGUAUUUGAGAAAGUGGCUAGAAGGUUAAUACUUGGAAAAGGAAAGUCAGUGCUGGAAAGUGAGACAGAUGAACAUAGAAAAAGGAUACGGAAAUUCAAAGAAUCGGCAUGGAAAUGUCUGUACUUUAUCUCUGCAGCAGUUUUCGCACUUUCAGCGACCUACAACGAGCCUUGGUUGAAAAAAACCAGAUACUAUUGGGUAGGGCCAGGAAAUCAGGUCUGGCCUGAACAUAGAUACAAGUCAAAACUAAAGGCAUUUUAUAUGUAUUCUGGUGGAUUCUAUGCAUAUUCGAUAUUUGCGUUAAUAUUCUGGGAAACAAGGCGAUCUGACUUUGGGGUUUCGAUGAGUCAUCAUGUUACUGCUGCGAUUCUUAUCGUCUUGUCCUAUAUCUUAAGGUUUGCAAGAGUUGGUUCGGUUGUUUUAGCACUCCAUGACGCCAGUGAUAUAUUCCUUGAAUUAGGGAAAAUGUCCAAAUACUGUGGCGCUGAAGCUCUUGCCAGUUAUUCAUUUAUCCUUUUUGUUUUAUCUUGGAUUGUUCUUCGUCUCACAUACUUCCCUUUUUGGGUUCUUUGGAGUACAAGUUACGAAGUUACCUAUACCUUGGAUAGGCAGAAACACGGGGUGGAAGGACCAAUCUAUUACUAUGUAUUCAAUUCUCUUCUAUACUGCUUGCUGGUUUUUCAUAUAUAUUGGUCGGUGCUGAUAUAUCGGAUGCUUGUUAAACAAAUCCAGUCGAGGGGCCGAUUAAGUGAGGAUGUUAGAUCUGAUUCUGAAGAGGACGAUGACCAUGAAGAUUGACCAUGCAAGAAGAGUUUUAGUGCUCCUGUAUACAUGUGAAGGUACUUAAUAAAUCUUCAGAGAUUUGGGUGCUAAUGGAGAGAAGAUAAUGUAAAGCAAUUUCAUGAAUUCUGCAUCCAUAUGUUUUUAUGCUAGCUUCUUUACCUACCAAUAGCACAAAUAAAUUAUCCAUGUUCCUCCCUGCUGCCAAAAAAUGUAAAGAAUUUCCUGCUGUAUCUAAAACAGAAUCAUCAUUCAGGCACUCAUUUACUGAA